CAGAUUGUAAAAUAAACAAAAUAGAAAAACAAUACAAUGAUUUAUCUAUUAUUAGACCUCAUAAAACACCGCAGCAAUGGGCUGUUCGAGUGUUCGUAGAGGUGCUUUACAGCAGGAGCUACUUUCUAAGAAAGAAUAUAGCAUUUACCAUGUACACUGUCUCUUCUCUUCAUUUGGGCAAGGAAUAACUAAGACGUACUAUAUUAACACUGAGUUAAAAGUUGAUCAUUAUAGCUAUUGUAGGCCUAGUGUUCAUAAAAGUCAAAUGGCUAUCUGCUUCAAAUGCUGGAAAUUUGUAAAGAUUAUUACUGAAGUAAAGCCAAGAAAGGUAUAUUAUAGUGGAUGGGACAGAUGGGGCUAUGAGGUUAAGUCCAGAGAUUUUAUGAAGAAUCAUUGGAAUUGCUCAUGCACUAAAGCUUAUGCGGGGAAUUUUUCAAGAGUUUCUUAGCAUUUUUUUCCAGAAUCUAGGCUUCAGC